CAUUCCUCCCAAUAUUGUUAUUCCGAGAUCCGCGACAGCCAGGUUGACCAAAGAGUAGUUAAUGGGAUGUCGGAGUUGUCUGUAUUUAAAAGUUACUACAAUGACUGUGAUGUUCAGGAUCAGCGAAACAGUACAAAAUAUUGCCAUAAUGAUAGCCAGGAUAGUAUAACCAAUCCGUGGCAUGAAAACCUUGACAGUUUGUGCAUCUCCAGCG